AACUUUAGUAAAUCGGGUUCCUGAGUAUAGGAUAGAAAAGUGGAGUCAGACUGUUUGUACAUUUUGCAUGGCGUGCGAACCUCGAUCAUCCUGAUCUUCAUUCUGUCUCUGGUUUCGUCUCCAAAGACCCACCCUUCUCCGCAUUACUGCUGCUAGUCUUCUGCUAUCUACUUCCUGGCUUAUGUUCCUCAUUCGCUGUGGCCGAUACGUCCGUUCAACCAUGUCUGGAAAUUCAGCGGUUAUGGAACGUCUUGAGCAGCGAGCACAGCAGGCAGAUCAGAUCAUUGCACGCCUGAAGAGCCAGCUCAAUGAGCUGAAGAAAGCUGCAGUUUCCAACAAUGGUGGCAAGGAGGCCAGCCUUCAAGCUGAAAAUACUGAGCUGCAGGCUGAGGUGCAGAGAGCAUUGAAGAGACUAAAUGUAGUUGCCUUGGAGACCAGUCAUGGUGGUAUCCAGAUACCAUUGCCUAGGCCCUUUUCAAGUCAAGCUAAUGGCGAGAUGCAAGAGUCAGAGGUCAAAGUUCAAAUGUCAGAUCCUGUGCUAAAGAGUAAAGAUGCUGCAGAUCAGGCCAAGCCAGCUCCAAAGACAGCCAAAACAGACAAGAAAGAAAAGAAGGAAAAGAAAGAGAAAGCUGAUGUCCAGCGUGCAGCCACUGAUGAACCCAGCAUUACCCAAGUUGAUUUGCGCAUUGGUCGCAUUAUAGACGUCAAGAAACACCCUGAUGCAGACACGCUGUACCUACAGCAGGUAGACGUAGGCGAAGCAGUUCCAAGGACUGUGGUCUCAGGACUCAUCAAGCAUGUCACCCUUGAAGAGAUGCAAGAUCGUCUUGUGAUUAUGUGUUGCAACAUCAAGCCAGCUAAGAUGCGAGGGGUGCUGAGCCAGGCUAUGGUCAUGUGUGCUGCUACAGAUGAUAAAGUGGAGAUACUCAUCCCUCCUAAGGGUGUGGUACCAGGGGAUCGCGUCAGCUGCCAGGGAUAUCCAUUGGCGGACAACUUCCCUCCUCAGAUGAAUCCCAAGAAGAAGAUAUUUGAGCAGAUCAAACCUCACCUCAGGACCGAUGCUAACAAGGUGGCUUGCUACAAGGGUUCACCCUUGGAAGUUGAAGGCAAGGGUGUGUGUGUGGCUCCAACCCUUAGCAAAGCUGAAGUGCGAUAGACUCAACCACAAUCAACCUUCCUACUUACGCUGGUGAUGUACCAUGUGUACUAGCUAGGCUUGACUUUGAAUUAGUUCUUAAAGGUAUCACACUUAAAGACACUUAAAGGUAUCAUGCAACAUUAUAAAUAUAACAGCCAAGGUUGUUUUGUUUUGUAUGUCCAAACAUACCUCUUAUGUUGGUCAAUUUUUGAAUGCUUGAGGGGCUUAUUGUGGUACAUGUUCUGGUGCCCACUCCCAGAUCUGCAAUUCCUAUAGCAAAGUACGUCCUGGUCAGUAGUACAUUUUAUUGAAGGCAGACAUCUUGACUAACUUCAAGCCCUGCUUAGUUAUUAAAGAUAUAGUCCAUCAUUUGUAA